CUGACCUUUGCGCACAACCGGGAUGUCUGAAGAGUCGAUAUUGGACACCAUACUCGAAGAAAUUCUCCAGGCGCACCUAUCGUCACCAGAUGACUCGUCUUACAAGAGUGCUAAAGCGAAACUGGCUCAACAACGCAGACCCAAAAAUUCACGCCUCGUAAAGGUCCUGAAUUACGAAAAGCUCGUCUUAGUGCUGGCUCUUGUGCUUCUCCCCCUCGGUCCACACUUCUGUGGACGGCAAGAGUUUUCUAUCGUUUGGCUCGGGAAGUCCAUUGAUACUGUGAUGGGGCUAUACAUUCGGUUCAUUGCGUCGCAGGCUGAUAUCAUGAAGAAAUUGGCGUCCGGUGACGAUUUCCCAGAUUACACGACUGUGAACACUGUCCUACAACAAGCUGGUGAUGAUAGUCCCGAGGGUGCCGAAGCUCGGAAACAAAUCGGCUUAUGGAAAACGCAGAUCACUAACUCGCAGGACUCGACAGACCUUGCGGUAUUCAAUGAUGUGUUCGAUAAGAUUGAUGCUUAUGCCGAAAAAGUAUUCGAACAUCUUCACUCUGACAUAGGUGAGAAGACAGACGCUUACUUGAAUGCUUUGGAUGACUACCGCCACGACGUUGUGAAAUUCUUGCGAACAAAGUGGUUAGAAGGGAGCAACGAUCCCACCGAGUUAAACGAUAUUACGCGACGAUAUGACAGAAUUACGGCCCGUGUUGCUGUGUGGUUAUCGCCUUAUGAUGAUGCGAGCAAAGCACCUAUUCCCCUGUUGUCUGCUUGGUUGUUGGACUAUGCUUGGUCAUCGCUCGAUGCCGUGAAAGAAGGGGUCACUGAAAUCUGCAGGUGGUUCGAGCCCCUCCUCGACUACUAUCAUCUUUUGCAUGGUCGUGGCCAUGAUAUGGACGACAGGAGUGAAGUGAUGCUUCAGAACGUUGUAAAUCAUGCACCGGAUGCUGAGGUACAGCUAUGCCGCCUGAUAUGGGGGCAUCGAAACACCCUCAUCUUCCACCUUCACAAUACGAUGUCAACAAUCAGCGAAAAGGAGAUUCAACAGGACCGUCCCAAGGACAGAACACAGGUCGACAAUGCUUUCGACAAACUUCCCGGAGCUGAAAAGCAAGCUUUCCGGAAUCUCCUUGCAUUGAUGAAGGACUGUUUGAAAGCGGACUUAGACUUAUGCUCUAGAGGGGUCAGGGGCACCUACGCCAUGCACAUUACAAGAUGGGACUGGCGAAGCAAAGCACUGUGGAAGAACGCGAAGCGUGACUUGGAACCCUUGACCAAGGCCAUCUUUCUCGAAUUACGCAAAGCAGGGACAUACAGAGCCGCGAUCUUGGAGGAUUCCAUCACCGCUAGCCUUAGGAAGCAACUCGAGGAUGUUCUCGGUCGAACGAGGAAGCCGAUCUACGCAAGAUGGAAGUGGUGGGACGACAUAGAAAUUCCUGAGGAUAUCACUCCCGCCGUGUCCGCCAACAUAGAUGAAACAUUCAAGUCGAAGCUGCAACAGACUCAGUUGUGCAAUAUUUUAGGGCAGCGAGAUCACAAUGCAAUAAAAGACCUCGUCGCGUACGUCGAAAAUAUGGUUUGUGCCCAUGCAACAACUGCAAAGGACAGCCCUUUGAAUUCAGAGGUCGCCGACGCGUUGAACAUCCUCGUAUCUGUUCUCAGGUCGAAUAGUACUCAGCUCCAUAAAUGCACCACAGCAGGAAAUCCAGAAUUGUCUUGCAACGUCAAGACAGCCGUUCAUCUCAAGAAUUCUAAAGUCGAAGACCAGGUUGACGCAAACACUAGACUAGUUCACGUGCCUCGCAUUGCCCGCCCCCCGAAACGUCCUGGAGCACCCACUGUCUCUGGAUGGCCGAAGAAGAGGAAAAGGGCUCGCACCUCUCUGUCUGAAAUCUCUCUAUCUUCUUCUUCUUCUGAUGAGGAUGAGGAUGAUGAGGAUAUCGACGCCCUUGCCAUUUGAUCCUUAUGCUUUAAUUUAACUUUUUGUGCGUUUUCGCUGUUUUGUCAGGCUUUCUCUGCAUGCUCUUGUAUAAUCCACCUGGAACUAUUACUUCAAUCAUUCUUAAUAUAAUACCUCGCAGUUGA